UUCCUUCUUGAAUCAACUAACAACAGAACCAAAUUGAAUUCUCCAGCUCUAGUAGAGAAGAAAGGAAAAAAUGACCACGAAAUUCCAAAGAUUAUUGUCAUUCCCAGUUGUUGCAAUGUUUAUAUUACUGGGGUUUGUGUAUUACGCAACAGUUUUUGUUUUUAUGAAAGAUUGGUUUGGUUUGGAGACAUCAAAUGGGUUUUUGAACGCUUUGAUCUUCACUUUCUUCGCUUUUCUCUUUGUCUUCUCUUUUGUUGUCGCUGUUGUCACUGACCCAGGUCAAGUUUCUCCCUCUUAUGUCCCUGAUGUUGAACUUAUCGUUGCCUCAGACCAAGAAUCAAACAAAACUAGUGCACGAGUUAGGCAAUGCGACAAGUGUUCUGCACACAAGCCUCCAAGGGCACAUCAUUGCAAGGUCUGCCGAAGGUGUGUGUUAAGGAUGGAUCAUCACUGUCUGUGGAUGAACAAUUGCGUUGGUUAUCAGAACUACAAGGCCUUUGUUCUGCUUGCACUUUAUGCUACUAUUGGGAGCCUCUACUCUACAGUCAUGGUAAUUGGCUGUGCUUUGCAAAGGGAAUGGAAUUUCAGUGAAAAGGUUCAGCUUAAGAUAUUCUAUGUUGCUUGUGGAAUAAUGAUGGUUUCAUUGAGCUUAGCAUUUGGAACUCUCUUCGGUUGGCAUGUUUUCCUCAUCUUAAAAAAUAUGACUACCAUAGAGUCCCAUGAAGCAGAACAAGCAGCAUGGUUGGCUAGGAAAUCCGGGCAGAGCUAUCGACAUCCGUUCAACCUAGGUGCCUAUAAAAACAUAACCUUGAUAUUGGGCCCGAACAUGCUUACCUGGUUUUGUCCCACAGCAAUGAGCCAUCUCAAAGAUGGAACUAACUUCCCUACUUCAUCCCAUACUUUGUAGAACCUUUCACUAGUCAGACCUCAUUAUCAGUGGUACCUUGUGCUUUUUGUUGAUUAGAAAAGGAAAUUUUCACUCAUUCUUUCUAUGCCUCACUUAUGAAAGGUGCAGAGAAGCGAAAAGAAGCAACUGACCAAUCAACUACAGUUCUUUCAUCAUAAACUCAGGGCAAAUUUGCACCCUGUUAGUUAUAACCUUUACAAUAUUGGCAUAUUUGUAGAUUUUAUAUCAUCAUGUGCACUAGAUUGUCAUAAGUUUUGUUUCCUUCAACCCCCUGUACAUUGCUGCUGCACAAACAUUAUAAUUUUCUGCUUGAUGGAGAUUCAUGUUUGUAUUAUUUGUA